AUGUCGCGUUUCUUUCGAAACCCAGGUGUGCAAUGGACCGUUGGUGUCCUCACCUGGAUACCCGUCGGCGUCUUCGUUGUGCGCCACGUCGUGGGCCUGACCAAGGUCACUGGUGCGAGCAUGCAGCCCGUGUUCAAUCCUGAUCUGCACAAGCAUCCGCUGAAGAAGGACGUGCUGCUCCUCGACCGCUUGAGUAUACGUCUGGGACAGCUGCGGCGGGGGGAUAUAGUGACGCUGUGGUCCCCCCAGAACCCCGAGAAGCUCAUGGUCAAGCGCGUGGUAGCGCUUGAAGGGGAUAGAGUGUACCCCCUUCCUCCUUCACCACCGCGGCCUGUCGUUAUCCCUGCUGGCCACUGCUGGGUCGAAGGUGACUCGACGUACCGCACAAUCGACUCGAACACGUACGGGCCGGUCCCCCUUGGGUUGCUGGACGGACGCGUCGUCUCCGUCGUUCUCCCCUUCGACCGGUUUGGUAUGGUCCCAAACGGCGUGGGCAAGAGCGCGGGACGGGUACUGCGACCGGGCGAGGAGUACAGGAUAUCCUAG